AUGAGCUUGAAAAAAGAGUGGCAAGCGUGGACGAAGUUAAUGGAUUCAAGCAAGGGAGUGCCCGGGAUAGGCUUUGACUAUGACACCGGUUUGUUUCAGGCACCUGACGAGCGGUGGGACAAGAUGGAAUCAAUCAACAAGGCAUGUGCGAAGUUCAGGAAGAAAACAUUGGAACACCGUGACUUGAUAGAGACGGUUUUCAUGGGGGCAGCAGCUACUGGGAAGCACCAUUGGACCCCGGGAGAGAACCUUCCUGAAGCUGCUACGGACUCAUCUGAUUCAGACGUGGAUUCUGAUUCUUCACUGGAGCAUGUGCCGAUUGAAAAGGCAAAAAGGAGAAAGACGCCAUCAACAAGUGUCUCAAAGUCAAAGAAGGCAACAAGUGGUGCGUCUGUUAUUGCGGAAAGCAUGAACAAAAUGACAGAUGUGGUGCGUUCGAAGAAUCAGCAGGUCACGGUCAGGCACCUCACAGGUAACGAAUCGCUGUACACUAUUUCCGAGUGCAUGCAUAAACUGAGCAGUAUUCCAUCCCUGAUUGGUAUGCCAUUAUUCCACUUCGCCUCCACACUUAUGGAUAACGCCGAUUACCGGGAGGUCAUGAUGUGCCAGCCUGAUGACGACCAAAUGAUUGGAUGGCUUACACAGAAGCAGCUCCAGUGUACUGCGUCGGGGCCAUUUACAAACCUAUUUGGGGGUCGCCGGAUGUGA